CUAUCGGAAGUCAACGAGAGCUUCACUAACACUGAACUCUCCAUUUCCCUGCACUACUUCCCUGCUCCUGUUGACCUCCAGCCCUAUUCGGUCGCAUAUAUUGCCGUUUCGACACUGUCCCGUUAUUCACUUGUUUCCCUUCGGUCAAACACCGUAACCCGCCAGCAUGUCGCGAAGAUACGAUUCAAGAACUACUAUCUUCUCCCCAGAGGGUCGCCUGUACCAGGUGGAAUACGCCCUGGAAGCCAUCUCACACGCAGGAACGGCCCUGGGGAUUCUCGCCCAGGAUGGAAUCGUCCUGGCCGCGGAGAGGAAGGUCACGAGCAAGCUGUUGGAGCAGGACACUUCCGCCGAGAAGCUUUACAUCCUCAACGACAACAUGAUCUGCGCCGUGGCUGGAAUGACGGCUGACGCCAACAUCCUCAUCAACUACGCCCGACAAGCCGCCCAACGCUACCUCCUCACAUACAACGAAGACAUCCCCUGCGAGCAGCUCGUCCGUCGGCUGUGCGAUCUGAAGCAAGGGUACACGCAACACGGCGGUCUGCGUCCGUUCGGCGUGUCCUUCAUCUACGCCGGCUACGACCCGCAGACCCACUUCCAGCUGUACCAGAGUAACCCGAGCGGUAACUACGGCGGAUGGAAGGCCACGAGCGUGGGCGCGAACAAUGCAAGCGCGCAGAGCUUGCUGAAGCAGGAUUAUAAUGGGGACUGUAAUCUGAAGGAAGCGUGCGGACUGGCGGUGAAGGUGCUGAGCAAGACCAUGGACUCGACCAAUUUGAGCAGCGAGAAGAUUGAAUUUGCUACCGUGGGCAAGACGAAAGAGGGCAAGGUCUACCAUCACUUGUGGGGUGCGGAGGAGAUUGAUGCUCUGCUCAAGGAGCAUGGAUUAGGGAAGGCCAAGGAGGAGGAGGACGAGGACAGGAUGGAACGCUAGGCGGUGAUAACUUGCUUGGGACUCACCGUUCACAGUUGCUAUUCUAGAUUUAAUGGAGUCGGCAUGGCGAACCAGGGACAUGACUUGGGGAACGAUUCUUGUGAUUGAUAAUUCUCCAUGCCAAAAUCUUUGCCGAUGAUAGGGCGUUGGCUAAGGAAGAACCAUUAACCAAGAAAUACUGGCGCAUGGGGCUUGUAGAAGUGUCAUGCAGUGAUUCUAUUCAGCUUCAACCUCUUGUUCAUAAGAAGCACGGUACCUCUAACGGAUUUAUCUCGCGGGAAUGUACGCAGGCGCUUCAAUCUCAUACCUCCUGCUGCGGAACAUCCGUAAUCUGAACCGAUUUCAUCGAUGUCUCAUUGGAGUCAAGCUGCCGGGCGACG